GUAUAAAGUCAUAUUGCAUUUCUAGCUUUACCCUCAACUCUCUAGGGUUUUAAGCCUUUCCUCUUCUUCUUCGCUCAUUCCAUCUUCCCAUUUCUCACUGAUAAUCAAUCAUGACCGCUCAAUCACAAGAGGAAAUAAUGGCCGCUCAGCUUGAACAACAAAAGCUUGAUCAGGAGGAGCCAGUAAUUGAGGAUGACGACGACGAAGAUGAAGAUGAUGAUGAAGAGGAUGAUCAUGAAGAAGGUGCUGAAGGAGAAGGAGAUGCUAGUGGUAGGUCGAAGCAGAGCAGGAGUGAGAAAAAGAGUCGCAAGGCAAUGCUGAAACUAGGAAUGAAGCCCAUACCUGGGGUCAGUCGUGUCACUGUUAAGAAGAGCAAGAACAUCCUGUUUGUCAUCUCAAAGCCUGAUGUUUUCAAGAGCCCCAAUUCAGACACAUACAUCAUCUUUGGCGAGGCAAAGAUCGAGGAUUUGAGUUCACAGUUGCAGACUCAAGCUGCCGAGCAGUUCAAGGCUCCUAAUAUCAGCAAUGUAGCUCCAAAACCCGAACCCGUGACAGUUGCUCAGGAUGAUGAAGAUGUCGACGAGACUGGUGUUGAACCAAAGGAUAUAGAGCUGGUGAUGACUCAAGCUGGGGUUUCAAGAGCUCGGGCAGUCAAAGCUCUCAAGGAAUCUGAUGGAGACAUCGUUUCUGCUAUAAUGGAGCUCACAAACUAGGAAAACUUUAUGUGCCAUCUCAUUUACCUUUUUUUUUUUUUUUUUGGUGUCGUGUCAAUUACAUUGUGUUUUGUAGUCAACCCUUUUCAUAUGAAUGUGCUUGAGAUGAUGAACCAUCGAUAUCCAAACUGCUAUGCUUUUUAUUUUUCAGUUCAUGCUUAUAUUAGUACAAUAAAGUACAAUAAAGAUACUUGUACAGCACC